AAGACGGCGAACGAUUUGGGGUUUUGCUGGAUUGGAUUGCUCGGCUGGUUGCUGGUUGUUGCACUCCGCUCGCCCGAGGAAAGAAGACAACAGAGCCAUUAUUUCGUAAACAAAGUGUAGAAAUUUGCGAAAUGCUGGCGUAGAUUAUCAAGAUGGUUAUCUGGCAGGAGAUAAUCAGCACGGAGAGCAUGUCUUGGUGCUGUUUCGUGCGCAAGAAAUCGGCCCGAACGCCGUUCGAGUGAUCGAUUGCAGAUCCGCCCGUCGUCCGGUCCAUGUCCGCUGCUGUGUGAGACGUCGAGCGAACGAUGGCCUCGAGGGUCACAAGGAAAUGGCAAGUGUUCCCUGGUCGCAACAAGUUCUGCUGCGACGGCCGAGUCAUGAUGGCCCCACACACGGGUGUCUUCUACGUCACCCUCACUCUGAUCGUCGGCACCAGCACCCUUUUCUUCGUGUUCGAUUGUCCCUUCUUGGCUAUGAACCUCACGCCAGCUGUUCCGAUUGUCGGCAGUCUUCUCUUUGUGUUCGUCCUGUCCGCUCUGCUCAGGACCAGCUUUAGCGACCCAGGGGUCAUUCCAAGGGCCACUCCAGAAGAAGCUGCAGAUAUUGAGAGGAGCAUUGAGGUCCCUAAUAAUGCAAACUCUCCGACGUAUCGUCCUCCUCCACGCACCAAAGAGAUACAAAUUAAGGGCCAGACUGUCAAACUGAAGUAUUGCUUCACUUGUAAAAUUUUCCGCCCACCAAGAGCAUCACACUGUAGCGUUUGUGACAAUUGCGUUGAGCGCUUUGACCAUCAUUGCCCAUGGGUUGGGAACUGUGUGGGCAAAAGGAACUAUCGCUACUUUUACCUGUUCAUCGUGUCAUUGGCGUUUCUUUGUGUCUUCAUCUUUGCUUGCUCUAUUACUCACUUAAUUUUAUUGACUAAAGAUAAGAAGCAAUUCUUGGACGCAAUCAAAGAAUCACCGGGCAGUAUUAUUUCGGCUGUCAUUUGCUUCUUCAGCGUGUGGAGUGUUUUGGGCCUGGCUGGAUUCCACACUUACCUCACGUCUUCAAAUCAAACUACUAACGAAGAUAUAAAAGGCUCAUUCAGCAAAAGGAGGGGUCAAGAGAGCUUUAACCCCUAUAGCCAAGGGAAUUUUUGCAUCAACUGCAUGUAUGUCCUCUGUGGGCCAACUCCUCCCAGUCUAAUAGACAGGAGAGGUGAAGUGACACCAGAAUACUCGGCAAGUAUUGCUCACAAUGCUGAUGAUGUGAUCAUUGCAAACAAAACCUAUGGAACUGUAAAAACAUCGCAACCAACGAAUGGCAUCAGCCAAUCCGCCAGUCUCGGCAGUGGCCCUAGCGAAAUAGGUGGCUCAACCCAUAAUCUUGUUCAUCAAAGCAAGACCACCCCUUCAAUACAUUCCAUUAAUGGUGAGGUGACUGCCAUGUCGAUGGUGGUGACGUACUCGGAGCCAGGAACUGUGGCCGUGGCAACGGUGGCACCAACCCUGAUGGCCCCUGUUAACACACCAACCCCUGUAAGAUAUGAAAUGUCCUCCACAAACAGUGCCCAUGACAUGCCGACAAGUGGCACACCUGAUUCGACUGUGCUUAGUGCAAGUAGACUGCGCCUCUUGCAGGACACAACCAUGAUAGAGUCCGCGCUGGACUUGGACUCUCUCGAAGAGGCGUCCUCCGUCGGAAACAGCAGUCAGGCUGGCCUUAUUAGAUUAAGUGCGGUUUAACCCGUUCGUGUACUCGACUCGUGAUGUUACCACUUAUUAACUCAAAAAGCACACAUUCUAACGUUGGUGUUCAGUGUAACAAGGCAUAUAUGAACAAUAAAUUGAUCAAAUUGAACAAUUUUGAUGGUGCUGUGACUGUCGCUGUAAAUGUUAUUUUGCAUAGGUCAGGCUGAAACAUCUCCCCAUUUAAAGAACAACACUUUGAACUUACCUAGUUACAUUAUUAUUUCCAGAAUCAUAUUGCUUUACACAUCCCACAGUCAUUUUCCAAAGCAAGAAGUAGCAUUUUAACAAAAUAAACUAUGCAGAUCUAUUGACAGAGACUCUGUAAUCAUAAUAUAAGAAAGGCCGUUAAAGAUGUCUGUGAAAAAUCCUGUGCAAUUUUAUACAUAAAUUUUAUACAAAAAAAAUUUUAAAUUUCAAUGCCUUUCUCAAUUUUAAAUUUUUGGUUUACAGUUCACACCUCAGGACCCAAUCUAUGAUUGGAUGAUAUAUUAUACGGAGGCAAUUUUGUGUUUGCAUUUACCUCUUACUAGAGAGAUGUGUUAGUACAAAAGUCAAACAAAUUUAUGUUGUCCUACAUAAAUUUCUUCCAGAACAAUUUAAUGUUAAAUUGAUUGGAUGGGGCUCUCUGAGGUAUUAAAUCGCUUUGUAUCUAACUGUGAACAAUGUUUCUAUGAAUAAUUGUAGCACGUCUAUUACCACUGAACUAUUACUGUAUAGUUAUCUCCUUGGCAAUGUGUGAAAUUUUGUUAUUUUGUGUUUCUGAAACCAACAAGCAAGUACACAUGAGCUAAUGUAUAUCAAACAAAAAUUUAAAUGUUUCACUUACCAUUUCAACGCGCAUACUUUCACAGUCCUUACUGUGAAAACAAAAACUUUUACAUAUUGUGUGUUAUUGUUAUGUUUAAAUUUAUCAAAUGUAACACAUGACAUCAAAAGGAGAGACAUCCAUUAAAAUUUUUGUUGAGGAUUAAA